GGUGGUUGGCGACGGUCACGGUACCCAGCACCUGCAGUUCGACUCGGCGUCUCCUCGUGGUAUAGGGUUUUCUACGGCUGGGAAGGAACCUGCCGGUGAUGGGGCUGGAGCAGGAGGAGAGGGCCUCCCUCCUGGGCUCUCAACAGUACGUGUACCAAUCGUCCGGCUCUGACACCUACUCCGGGGAUUUCUUCGAUGAGGAAGAGGCUGCGGACUCCUCGGGCCUCGUGAAGCAGUCGGGCCUCGGGUAUGGCACCUGGAGGGCACCCGACGAUGGCAUUACACUCACAUGGAGGGACCUAAGCGUGUACGUACCGCAGAAGAGGAGCUGGUUCCGAAACGACGCGGGACAUCGGCCCUUCAAGCGAGUGCUCAACAAUGUGUCAGGAGCCGUUCGUCCUGGUAGUCUGGUGGCUCUCAUGGGCUCUAGUGGCGCCGGGAAAUCCACGCUGAUGAACGCCCUCGCUCACCGCACGCCUGGAGGGGUCAUCGUCGACGGGGAAAUCCUCGUGAACAGCCGGAGGGCCAACCGGGCGAUGGCGUCCCUGGCAGGAUACGUUCACCAGGAUGAUCUCUUCGUCGGCUCGCUCACCGUGAAGGAGCACCUGAUGUUUAUGGCCCGGCUGAGGAUGGACCGACGAAGGACGCAGAAGCAGCGGAUGGCGCGCGUGCUGGAGCUCAUGAAGGAACUCGGCCUCCUGAAGACGCAGAACACGCGCAUCGGCACGCCAGGGCAGGACAAGUCUCUGUCGGGGGGGGAGAGGAAGCGCCUGGCGUUCGCGACGGAGAUCCUGACCGACCCUCCGUUGCUCUUCUGCGACGAACCGACGACGGGCCUCGACUCGUACAAUGCCCGGAAACUCGUGAGGAUGAUGAAGGACAUGGCCGCCAGGGGAAAGACCAUCCUGUGUACGAUCCACCAGCCGUCCUCCGAGGUCUUUGCCAUGUUCGAUAAGCUCCUGCUGCUGGCGGAGGGGCGCGUGGCGUACAUGGGUUCGUCGUCGGGCGCUCUGGAAUUCCUCGACAGCCUCGGCCAUAAGUGUCCCUCGACCUUCAAUCCAGCCGACUACUACAUCCACACGCUGGCGGUUCUUCCCGGCCACGAACACCGAUCUCGCGAGCGGAUUAAGCGGAUAUGCGACAACUUCGCCGUGUCCGCUUACUCGAAGGACAUCGACAUCACCAUCCAGUACCAAGACAACAUGUGCAUUUCGCAGUCCGAUUCGGGAGCGAGCUCUCAAGAGGAUCACUUCUUCAGGAGUAUACCACAAAAGCCCAAUUGGCUCGUUCAGUUCUGGUGGCUGACGUGGCGCUCGCUCGUCGACUCGUACAGGAACCCAGCCAUUCACUCCAUCAGGAUCAUGCAGAAAAUACUCAUCGCUUUCCUCGUGGGCGUGUGCUACACCAACGUCACGCUGAACCAGGCCGGCAUUCAGGACAUCGAGGGCGUCCUGUUCAUCUUCAUCACGGAAAAUACCUUCCCUUCCCUCUACGGAGUCCUGAACAUCUUCCCCCAAGAACUGCCUCUGUUCCUGCGAGAGUACAAGAACGGGAUAUACCGGGCGGACACCUAUUACCUCUCCAAGAUGGUGGCGCUGAUCCCGGGUUUCAUAGUAGAUCCGGUCGUGUUCUGCAUCAUCUGCUACUGGAUGGUUGGUCUGCAGAGACACGCGUACCACUUCUUCAUGACGAUUCUGAUCACAAUCUUCACCGCCAACACUGCCUCGGCCUGUGGUUCCAUGUUCUCAGCUAUGUUUGAGAGCAUCCCUUACAUCAUGCUGUUCCUCAUUCCCUUCGAUGUUGUUCUACUCAUCUCGGGAGGACUGUUCAUCAACCUUUCGUCAAUGCCGUGGUAUAUUGGCUGGGUGAAGUAUUUAUCCUGGUUCAUGUACAGUAAUGAGGCACUCACUGUUACUCAGUGGUCUGAUGUAACAAAUAUCACAUGUGAGAUGCCGCCUGGCGUCCCCUGCAUCAGCAACGGGCAACAAGUCAUUAAAGAAUAUGCCUUUAAUGCAUCUCAUCUGCAUUAUGACUUUGGACUCUUAACACUUCUAUACAUUGGCUUCCAUCUCCUAGGUUUCUUAGGGUUGUACCUACGAGCAAGAAAGAAGUGAAGCACAGAGUUCCGUUUAGAAUAUAUUAAUAGCUUGCAUCUUUUAGAGAAGAAAAUGGAAGGCAUUAGUCCGAAUGUGUCUUUACUUCUUGGAACUGUGGUCUAAAUAUGCAGGCCAUGAACGUUCAUGUGCAAU